AUGAGUUUAGUAUUAAAAAAACCAAAAACUGUUGUUUAUAAUUUACCACCAGAAAAAGAUAGUCCUCCUCAUGAUAAAAAAAAUAAAAUAAAAAAUGAUAACAAAGUAGAAAAAAUGGUGGAUGAAAAAGUGAUGUCUUCAGAUAGUGAAACUGAUAAUAAUUCAGUUUCAAAAAAAUUUUUAUCAAAUAAAGUUAUAUUUCAUGUUAAAGAUAAAAUCUUUGUUUUGGAUAAAGACUUUUUAAUAAAUGUUUCACCAUUAUUUAAAAUAAUUAUAAAUUCAUCAUAUACAAUUGACUCAAAAUAUGGUAUUAAAAAGGAUAUUGUUGAUGAAAAACCAAUUGAUAUUGAUAUAUUUUUAAAAUGUCUACAAGAUUCAAAAAAUAUUUCCUAUGAUAAUGUUGCAUUAAUAAUGCGUCUAUCUACAAAAUAUGUUGUACCAAGUCUUAUUGAAAAUUGUUCAAACUUUAUAAAAAAUAUUGACAUAAAGAAUAUGUCACUUCCUGAAAUUGUAGACAUUAUCAAAAAUUGCCUAAAAUCAAUGACAUUUGACAGGCGUUUUGAAAAACUAAUAUUACGUAUUGCUAUGGAAGAUUCAAUAAAAAUACAAGCAUUAAAAUUAACUCAUAUAAAUCAUAAAUUGUAUGGUUCAGUUAUGGCAACACAUUUUAAUAUACUAUACAUGAAAGCAGUCGAAAAUAUGAAUGGUCAUUUUUUUAAUCUUGAAAAAAAUAAACUUAAGUAUAGUAAAAAUAUAUGCAAAAAUUGUAACAAGAUUGCUGAUGUUGUUUUUUGUGUUGGUUGUAAAAAAGAUUUAUGUGAAAAACAUUGGCGUGAAAAAUGUUGUGAAAAUAAUUAUGGUUUAAUGGAAUUAUAUAAAAUAAAGGAAAAUCUUGUAGAUAUAAGUAAAGAUUAA